AUGGUGGGUGUCAAUGCAGCAACUUUAGCCGGAAAUGAAACAGACAAGCUUGCGUUGCUUGCCAUCAAAGCCAUGAUAAUUCAAGAUCCUCUCAAUAUUACUAGCUCUUGGAAUGAAUCUCUUCAUUUUUGCCACUGGCAAGGUGUGUCUUGCAGUACAAGGCACGAAAGAGUUACUCAACUGAAUUUGAGCUCUCAGAAGUUGUCAGGUUACAUAUCUACCUCAAUUGGGAAUCUCAGUUUUCUUCGAACCUUCGAUCUUUCUAACAACAGUUUCCAAGGAGAAAUACCAAAUGAAAUCAUUCAUUUGUUCAGGUUGGAAACUUUGGUUUUGGCAAACAACUCCCUAAGAGGACAAAUACCAAGUAACAUUUCAAAUUGUCGAAAUUUGAGGAUCUUCAAAGUGAGUCGCAACAAAUUCACCGGGAAAAUUCCUUUUGGACUUAGCUACUUAUCAAAGUUGGUGCAACUUGAUCUUGAUUCUAACAAUUUGGAGGGUAAUAUCCCACAUUCUCUAGGGAACAUUUCUUCUCUUGAAGUUCUUCGAUUGGGAUCCAAUUAUCUGGAAGGACAUGUUCCGCCAUCACUAGGCCAGUUGAAGAACUUGGUUACCCUCAUCAUUUCUCUAAACAAUUUAUCAGGUGAGAUCCCAGAGUCUAUGUACAACCUUUCAUGUCUUAGAGUAACUAGUUUUUCUUGUAAUGGAUUUGAAGGAAGACUUCCUCUUAACAUAGGCCUUACUCUUCCUAACACUGAAGUGUUUUUGGUAGCGGCAAACAACUUUAGCGGAUCUAUUCCAAUUUCAUUUUCAAAUGCUUCAAACCUUUGGAGAUUAGAACUCUCCCGUAAUAAAUUUUCUGGAGGAGUUCCUCCUAUUUUCAAAAAUCUUAAGAAACUCACAUGGCUACGUAUUGACAUUAAUGAUCUUGGAACAGGAAAAGCUAAUGACCUGAGCUUCAUAGAUUCAUUGACCAAUUGUAGCAUACUUAGGGUGCUUUAUCUAGAUGAAUGUAAUUUUGGAGGGGAAUUGCCCACUUCAAUGGUCAAUCUCUCACUUCAGCUUCAAAUCUUUUCAGUAGAAUCAAACAAAUUAUCAGGAUGCAUUCCCCAUGACAUAGGAAAUCUCAUAAACUUAAAUGCAUUAAAUUUGCAUCGCAAUCAGCUUGUAGGAACUAUUCCGACAACCAUUGGAAAACUUUACAAGUUACAAGAAGCUGGUUUUGGAAGCAACGAAUUAUCAGGGCAAAUCCCUUCAACAUUUGGAAAUCUAACAUUGUUGAGAAGGCUUUGGUUAGAGGAAAACAAUUUUCAAGGAAGUAUUCCUUCAAGUCUUGGAAACUGUCAGAACUUGGAGUUGCUACACUUGUAUGGUAAUUUCUUAAAUGGUACCAUUCCACGAGAAGUCAUUGGCCUGAAAUAUUUAUCAUUAUCCCUGAACCUGUCUAGAAACAAUCUCUCUGGUUCGCUACCUUCGGAAGUUGGUAAGAUGAAAUUCCUUGUUGAGUUGGAUCUGUCUCAGAAUCAGUUGUCCGGCAACAUUCCUAAUAGCCUUGGGGAUUGCAUUAAUUUGGUAUGCCUCUAUAUCGAUCAUAAUUCGUUUGAAGGAGAGAUUCCAAAAUCUUUGAGUUUGUUGAAAGUUAUCGAAGUUAUGGAUCUUUCACACAACAACUUGUUUGGACAUAUUCCCAAAGACUUUGCCAAUUUAACUUUUUUGGGGAAGUUAAAUUUGUCCUUUAAUGAUCUUGAUGGUGAAGUACCAGUAACUGGUGUGUUCAGCAAUAUCAGUGCAAUUUCAAUUGCUGGUAAUGAGAAGCUUUGUGGGGGUAUUCCAGAAAUAAAUUCCAAUGCUAAUCUGAAAGCAACAAAUGGCUUCUCUAAUGCUAAUCUGAUUGGUGUUGGUAGCUUUGGCUCGGUAUAUAAAGGAAAUCUUGAAUCAAAUCAAGCUUCCGUGGCAGUGAAGGUAUUCAAUCUCGAAAGGAGGGGUGCUUCCAAGAGUUUCAUGGCUGAAUGCGAAACGCUAAGAAAUACCAGACAUCGAAACCUUGUUAGGAUCGUGACUGCUUGCUCAAGUGUUGAUUACCAAGGUAACGAUUUUAUGGCCCUUGUCUAUGAAUUCAUGCCAAAUGGAAGUUUGGAAAAUUGGUUGCAUCCACAGAGUGGCAGUGAAGGCAGGGGAAAGUUAACUCUGUUGCAGAAAUUGAAUAUAGUCAUUGAUGUGGCAUCUGCUUUGGAUUAUCUUCACAACCAAAUUGACAUGCCUAUCAUACAUUGUGACCUAAAACCAAGCAACAUUCUUCUUGACCAAGAUAUGGCUGCUCUCAUUGGUGAUUUCGGCUUGUCAAAGAUUAUCGUAGAAGACGAUGAUAUUGAAGCAUCCAACAACUCAACCAGCACUAUUGGAAUAAAGGGAACUAUUGGAUAUGCAGCUCCUGAAUAUGGCAUGGGAAGUGAAGUUUCAAGCAGAGGAGAUAUGUACAGCUUUGGUAUCCUCUUGUUAGAGAUCUUCACGGGAAAAAGACCAACCGACGACAGUUUCAUAGACGGAAUGAAUCUGAAUCUGUUUGUCAAAAUGGCAUUGCCGGAGCGUGUAAUGGAGAUUGUAGAUCAUGAUAUUCUGUUGGAGGUAGAGGAAGAGAAAGAAGCAUCAAGCAGCAACCACCACAACGAACCAGGGCAAACAAGAAGAGAAAAGCUAAUCGAGUGCUUGAUAUCUAUACUUACGAUUGGUGUCAAGUGCUCAGAGGAAUUGCCAAGCAAUAGAAUUCAAAUACAUGAGGCUUGUAAGCAGCUUCUUAAAUUCAAAGGAACAAUGUUGAGUUUGGAACUUCUCAGUUGCAAUCAAAAUUAAAGAUUUUUCUAAGCAGCAUGGCAUUUCUUCAAGAGCAAGAAACACAAAGGUUGCACUUUGGUUUUUCUCUGUAAAAGCUUUCGUCUCUGUUUUUCUCUCUGUAUAAGGACUUGAAUUGAGUUGAUGGUCUUGAAAGGCUCUACUGGCAAUGUAUUGUAAUAUUUACUUUUUCACUUUGGUAUCUGUUACUUAAAAUAAA